CUGGGCAGUUCCAGCGAGCUCCCGAGGGUGUCACCCGCUGCUGUCACCCGCUGCUGUCACCCGCUGCUGUCACCCGCUGCUGUCACCGUGUCAGCGCCGGGGGAGGCGCGGGGCUCACGAACCGCGGCUGCCGCUCCCGGCUCCGGCUUUUCCGGCAGCCGCCCACGGCCCUGCUGCUGCCCCAGCCCCCGGCCGGCCUGGCAGGGCUGGGCACGGCCCGCUCCGUCCCGCUGAGCCCCGGGAACGCUGCCCCGGCCCCGGGGAGAGGCGCGGGGGCAGCGGGAGCCGCCCGGCCGGGGCCACCGGCAACAGGUGAUGGGGACAGCAGGCGCUGCUGGUGGCCCUGGAGCCGUGCCAGGUUAUGGAAUCAGGGAAUUGUUUACCUUGGAAAGGUCUCCCGAGAUGGUCGAGCCCGUUCCCAGCACUGCCCAGGCCAGCACUGAGCCCUGUCCCCAAGUGCCACAUGCGCAGGGUCUGAAAUGCCUGCGGGGAUGGGGACGCCCCCAGUGCCACUGUGCCAGUGCCUGGGCACCUUUUCUGUGGAGAAAUUCUCCCAAUAUCCAACCUCAGCCCUGCCGGCCCAGCCUGAGGCCCUGUGCUCGUGCCCAGCUGUAUUUCCCGGGAGGAUUUGCAGCCCGGGGACUCCACCCGUGCGGAUUUCAGGGAUGAUCCCACCUCUGUCCCUUCCCCUCCUGCCACAGGAACCGUGGGGAGAGACCCCGGACACGCUCCCAGGGCUGCUCAGGGAAAACCAGAGCCUCACCCGAGGAUGUGGGCACUGCCAGGAGCGGCGGGGGCUGCGCUGCCACAGCAACCGGGCACAUCCUGCUCCCACCGCGUCCCUCGGCCGGGAAAGCCAUCCCCGGCUCCUGUGCCACGCACAGCCCUGCCCGGCCACCGCGGAGCCACCGCGGGGCAGCACCGGCGUCCCCUCGGCUCUGGGACACCUCCCUGCCCGCUGACAGCAGCUGGGAGGAGGCAGCACCCCGGGAAUGGCACGGAGGAGGGGAUGGCAGCGGGACAUGGGGGCCCCAAAACGCCGCCGAUCCCACAGCUGGCACCGCUGGAGCUUCAUCUCAUGUGCAACACGAGGCUCUGCAGCAAAAACUGCCUCCGGCGAGCUCAGAGAGCCCGAAUUCCCUCCGCCACUCCCCGGCGCUCCCGGAGAGCUCCCGCAGCUCUUCCCGAGGGGCCGGGAGUGAAACGGCCCCGGCUGCUCCAAGGGGCAGCUCCGCGCCUCUGCCCCUCGUGCCGGGGUUCUGCGGGACCCCCCGAGCCCCCGCACAGACCCCCAGCCCCAGCAGGGACCCAGCGGCUCCGUUUCAUCCCAAAGUUUCCCGAAGCCGCCGGGUGGGGACCCCCAAAUCCCCCCAGCGCUCGGGGGCUCCUGCAGCCGCGCCUUUGCUCCCCGACAGCAGAACCCCAAAGGCAGCGGCUUUGCAGCAGCUGCGGGAAUUCCUUGUUUUCCACUUCUUCUUCUUCUUCCCAAAAUGCCCAUCCCAGAUUUUAUCCAACAGAGAUAUUCCGCCCAAAAUUCCCCUUUUUUCCCCUCUCCCCCCCAACCCCAGGCGGUCGCAGACCCCCGGGCGCACCCCGACCCCGGGGACACCGAACCUCUCCGGGCCCCCCAGCCUCGCAGGGAGCCCACACGGGGCCGGGGACCGCCGGCACCGGGAACGGCACCGGGAACGGCCCCGGGAGCGGCCCCGGGAGCGGCCCCGGGAGCGGAGUCCCCCCGCAUCCCGCACCGCCCCUGCGGAGCCGCGGCCGGGCGGUGCCCGGUGCAGCCCCGGGGCUCCGCCAGCAAACUUUCCCGGUUCCCCCCGGUUCCCCCCGGUUCCUCGGCGCUCACCUGCGCUCCGGGCGGCGGGCGGGGGCCGCGCCCGCCCCGGCGCUCCCCGAGCCCAUCCGGACCGGCCCCGCCGCCGCUCCACGGCGCAGCCUUCCCGGCCGGGGAGCGGAGCGGAGCCGGCGCUUGCGGGGCCGGGGAAAGCUGAGCUUGUGA